UGUAGCGGUCAGACGCUCGACUGAAUGCUCAAAGGGAUGCAUUUUAUUUAUCCACAGAAUAUGUACACGGUGCUUUUGGAUAAAAACCGGGUUAGCUUGUUGUACCGGUUAGAUAGGCAAAACGCGAUUCUGCCCAUUCCUGUCUGACAGCAACAAAGUGACGUAUAGCCUACUAGACAUUCUCGCAAAUGGCCGUGCUGAGCUUCACUGCCCGAGGCGAUCUGUUUGCAUGGAAACAUUGGAUGCAGUGUGUCUCUUCCAUAGACAGUAAAAGAUAGGUCUCUUCAUCAGUAGCGGCAGCCGGGAUCAUCAACAGAAGCAUCGCCACGAGGGUAUCACAGGACAUACGAGGACGACCCGUUUUCUCGAGUGUAAGGCAAGCCUUCGGUCACUGUGUGGAACUGUCUGCCUGAGAGGACGGCGUAAAUAGGACAGAUCCCCUGGCAUCUAUGGUAUACUGCAGAGUGUACUACGCCACUACCAAUCAACAUGACAACAGAGUGGAGUUGGAAUUAAACAGUCACCUUAAGUGACAAGGAAAGGUUGGUAUAUUGUGGAUGCUGCUUGUCAAGUCACUGGUAGAGGAUCAAUGGUUGGUCGGGGAUUAUGGGGCUGCAAAAAUCGUUUGGGCAAACGCAGUGGGAGGUUUGGAGUGGCGCCUGCUGUCUGUGGUGGCAUCAUGGGCACCUUCCUCCUGGUACUACUUUUCAUUGACUCCAUUGAACUGUGGGCAACGUCACUGGGGAUGACCGGGCAUGUUAAAGAACCUACCCAGGGCGGGCUUCUACCUCAGAGUAUGCCACCCACACGGCCGGAGGAGUACCUGCUGAUGCCCAGCCCCCUGGUAUGCCAGCGUGCCAAGCCUUAUCUCAUCACCAUGGUGACAACAGCCCCAGCCAAUCAGAGGGCACGACAGGCCAUCCGGGACACGUGGGGAGGGGAGGUGGAGAUCCGUGGUAAGCGGGUACUAACCCUCUUCAUGGUUGGCAUGCCCGCUGACCCCACCAUGGGCAAACUGCUUGUAGUGGAAGCACGAGAGAAUGGUGACCUGGUCCAGGGCCGCUUCCAGGACUCCUACGGCAAUCUGACCCUGAAGACUCUGGCCAUGCUUGGUUGGGUACGCCGAUUUUGCUCUCAAGCACGCUUUGUGGCCAAGGUGGAUGACGACGUACUCUUCAACCCAUCGGCUCUUCUGCGCUACCUAGACCACAGCCAUCCGCUUCAGAAGACAUCAGACGGCCAGCCGGCAGACCUCUAUCUCGGCCGCGUCCACAUGCGCGUGAGGCCCAACCGGGAUCCUUCCAGUAAGCAUUUCAUGCCUACCCAGGCCUACGCUGGCGCGGUGUUCCCAGACUACUGUAGCGGGACGGCCUACGUGCUCUCACGUCCUGCCGUCCUCAAGCUCUGCCUGGCCGCUGCUGCCGCCCCCCUGCCACACCCUCUGCCCCCUGAGGAUGUGUUUGUUGGCCUGAGUGCCCAUGCAGCGGGCCUCGUACCCACACACUGUCCACUCUUCUCAGGGGGGCCAGCUGUGCCCUACGGCCGCUGCUGCUACCAGGCCAUGGUGUCAGUGCACCACGUCAUGCCGUCAGAGAUGGUCCACUUCUGGGCAGAUGUCCACACUGCCGCCCCCUGCUCUUGGUUGGGCACGCGGGCCUCUCUUGGGGUCUGUAAGGUGCGAGCACUGCUAGGGACCCUGAUAGGGUAACAGGCUGCUGUCUGAGUUGAAGGAGAGCCGACGUUAUGGUGCCCAAUAGAAAGACUGACGUAUGCAAUGUAAAACACAUAAAUAGGAGUACUCACUAUACACAACAUGCAAUACUGCACAAGAUAAGACAGAAGGCAAAAGCACAAACCAAGCAGUAGCAUUGAAAAUCACUGUUUAUUAUCACAAUUCCUAUUUAUAGCUUAACAUUCAGGAUUUGAAUGUAUAUUACUGCAUUUUCAUUAUAGUUAGGGAUGCACCGAUUUGUGAAAUUCAGUACUGAUACCGAUACAAUUUGUCCGAUAAACAAUAUAUAUUGGUAUUUGUUUUAUUUAUUUGAUUUGUAGUUAAUUAUACCCUUUACUAGCUGGAAACAAACAUAUUCAAAGUAAAGGUGCUUUAAGCGAUGCCACGUGUUUUUUAGGCUAAAACAUUUUUUGUCACUUACAGCAAACAUCACCUCACCAUCCGCUAGCUGCCAAUGUCCUGAAUACACUGAAAAAAAACGCAAUCUCUCUGGACAGCCCAAGCUCCAGAAACAGCAACAAAAACAACCUGGGCAAACCUAGCCCAUAAAAAAAAUAACAAACUGUUCCAGCAAAUCACAGAUGAGAUGAGCGUUUAGGAGAGUUUCAAUUGCACGGGAGGGAGGGGGAGGAAGUAGCGAGCUAGCUCUGUUGAAUGUCAACAGAAGUGACGUUACCCAGCAUCGCUUAGAGUACCUUUAAAAUAUAACUGAACCAUUUUUAAGGCUUUCAUUUAUGGCACUAUCACACAUCACAGAACAUUUAGCUAGUGCAGAAUUGAUUUGACUUAAAAGAUAAAUAUCAGCCACUGCCUUCGGUAAAUGUCAUAUAAUUUGCCAAUAGCGAUACGAGUCAACAGGGCCGAUACCAAUGUAAGGCUGAUGUAUCGGUGCAUCACUAGUUAUAACAAGCCAUAACAGGCUUUGCUAAGGCUUUACAUUAAUGAAGUCUCUGUGACCUAUAUGCACUAUACUGAAAGAAAAGGUGAUGAAAAAUUCAACAGCUUGUCUAAACAGUAAUGGUUUCAUUCAACAUGCUAUGCACAAUGCUGAGGUCAUGGAUAAGAAAUCAACUCUGGAAUUUGAGUCACCAAAAGCCUUUCCUUGUUAGAUCCCUCAGAAGGUUCAGUGUUGAAACAUUUCAGUGUUUUGCAUUGCCAUUUGUAUUAGUUAAUAGCUUGUUUAAUGCUAAAACAUGUUAUUGCAACACACCAUAUUUAUAUAUGCAGCCAAAUUUUUUGAUCAAAAGGGAUCGUCUCAAUAGUGCACACUUAAAUAUUGAUGUCAGUGACUAUGGAUUACCUUUGCUUUUAUAAUCAGACAUUUACAAAUUCAAUGACUACCGGUACUUCAGUAAUGUAGCACUGUCUAGGAUGUGAAGCACAGUCUUCGCAAAUGCACUGUUUUUUUUUGAUAAUGUGUGAAAUCCUUUUUUUCAAGGGGUUGUUUCUACAUAACAUUGAAAUUACUGAUGAGGUGUCUGUACUAAAUCAGGUCAGCCUUUGUGAAAUGCAUAUAGAGAGUUCGUAUGAGAAAGCCUAUAGGUGUUACUUUGACCCUUGUGCAAAUUAAUUGAAACAUGAAGAAUAAUACUGGCUGAUGCCGUUGUAAUGGCAGUGCAGACCCAAGGCCAAACACCAUGUUAGCAAAAGUUUUUAAAUUUGUGGUUCUGGCUCCUAAAUUGAACGGGUUCUUCCUGGGGUUAUGCCACACCGGUCAUGACAAACAGGACAGUAGUUUUUGUAUAAUCCUGCUUAUACACACACUGUACCUGCAACAUAACCUCUUUGGUGGUUGUAAUUAACUGAUUCAACAUUGGCAUGUGAAUUAAAAAAACAUUUAAUAUUACUGGGCCUUUCAGCAUAUGAAAUGGCAUUAGAUUGUAGGCUAAUUCAAAUAGAGGAAAUCAUGUUUUACUUUGAUUCAUUUGAACAAAGGUAUCUGCACUGGGAAGGUGAAAAGAAACAGGGAAGGUGAAAAGAAUUUCAGACAUAAAUCAGUGAAACUUUGUUUUAAGCAACUGAAUGUGAAAAAUAUAAAAUGUAAUAUUUAUUGAUCUAUUUUAGCAAAAACAGAUUGUUGUCAUGGCUUGUGUGUAAGAAAUGUGAACUGUAAGUGUCUAAAUAUGUGUUGCAUGAUUGGAGAGUGAUGGUCUUGGGGUUUCACCUUUCCAUUUGAUCAGGUUGACUUAUAUUCCUUUAUGUCCCCAAGUAGAAAAGCUAUUCCCAUCCUACAUGUAAACCAUUUUUACAUCCACUGUCAACAUAGCUUGUAUUUUAACAAAAUUACUCAAAUACCGAGGCAGAGUUUCCGAAAUUUAAAUCAGACCGUGGUACUGACCUGAUAACAUUUGGUGUGUAGUACGCACAUCUGUUUUUGUAGCAGCAUAUAUUACCACUCAGCUGCCACCCAAGUACAAAAGGGCGCCAAACAGGGAAACAAAUAAAAAGUUAAUCUAGUGUCACCAUGCAAUAAAAUAUUACCGUAAUGUUUGGUACUUGAGCGCAUGGAGAAACAGGACCAGGUUAAUGCACUGAAAACUUGUGUAUGACAAUAUUUGAUGGGAGCCUGUUAGUGAAAAUAGAGCAAUAAUAAACUCAAUAAUAAAAUC